AUAAACUCACUGUGUCAUUGCUACUAUAGACGAUUGAAUUAUUCACUUGGUGUUUUUCGGUUAUGCGAUUGCAGUGUUUUGUUCAGAAUGUCCUGCUUUUAUCGCAGUCAAUACGUGUAUGUGUGUACAGGUUAGAUAUUUGAUUUCGGGGUUUAUAAAAAAUAUUUCAAAAAUUGACUAUUCCUCGCAACAUGCUAGAAGUUGGAAAUCAUAUUUGUAUGUACUGGAUGAAUAUACAUAUAUCGCUUCCAUUAUUUGAAUUUAUUCAUUUUGUAGAUAUAUAAAUAACAAAAAUGUCAGUACACUAUAAAUUCAAAUCUACCUUAGAUUAUGAUACUGUAUCCUUUGAUGGAUUACACAUUUCUGUAGCAGAUUUGAAGAAGGCUAUUUUUCAUCAAAAACGUAUAGGGAAGAACACUGAUUUUGAUCUGCAAAUAACAAAUGCACAAACUAAGGAAGAUUAUACGGAUGAUAAUGCAUUAAUUGCAAAAAAUACUAGCCUUAUUGUUGCUAGAGUUCCAUUAACCGUUCAACAAAAGCGAUCAUGGGACAGAAAUGAUGCUCCUUCGUUUAGUAACUUAAAAGAUGAAUCCAAUUUAGGCAGAGCUGUAGAUCUUACAAGACUUGAUGGCUCUGAAGAAGACAAAAUUCGGGCAAUGAUGACUCAAUCUACACAAGAUUAUGAUCCAUCAAAUUACAUGAAAAUACGUGGAGCUAAUCAAACUGGUGAUGUACCUGCAAAUUAUCGUUGUUAUAAAUGUCAUCAACCUGGACAUUGGAUUAAAAAUUGUCCACUUGGGACAAAUCAGGAACCUAUAGAAAUUAAGAAAAGUACAGGUAUUCCUAGGAGUUUUAUGGUUCCAGUUGAAGGACCAAGAGUUCCUGGUGCUAUGAUGACACCCACGGGUCAAUAUGCUGUACCAGCUAUUGAUCAUCAAGCAUAUAAAGAAGGUAAAAAGGAACGUCCACCAUUUUCACAAGAUCCUGAACCUGCUAUAGAAAAACCAGAGAUCCCAGAGGAUCUAUUGUGCAAUAUUUGCAAAGAUCUUUUAACAGACGCAGUAAUGAUACCAUGUUGUGGAAAUUCAUUUUGUGAUGAAUGUAUUCGGACAUUCUUAUUAGAAUCUGAAGAACAUGAAUGUCCAGAUUGUAAUGAGAAAGAUGUUUCACCAGAAACUCUUAUCCCCAACCGCUUUUUACGAAAUGCUGUAAUGAAUUUUAAGAAUGAGACUGGGUAUGCUAAAAGACAGACAUAUAGACAAUCUCCACAAACAAACAAACAGCCUAUAGUACAAUUAGAACAACAAAAGGCUGACCAAGCAACAAAUCAAGUACCAAACCAAAGUAAAAGUGUCCAAUCUUCAAACACAACUAAUGUGCCCUCUCAAGAAUAUACGGAAUCACAAACAACAAAUUUUGAAUCUCCUCAACAGCAAUUUCCUGCUAGAGCUACACAACCACAAACAACUACUGUUCCAGAAACAGCAUCAGAAUCUGAUUUGCAAAGUGAUACUGUAACAAAGUUAACAACAGACGAGGAAACAGAAGUUCCACCACCUCCAGGGACUGAACCAUUACUUCCAAUACCUGCAAUUGGUAGUUCACCAGAAAGAGAUAGAGAAAGAAGUGAUCCUCCAAGUCGUGAAAAGAAAGAACGUGAGAAUGAAUAUCAGGGUGAAAGACAAUCAAGAGAACGUAGGCGAAGUUUCAGCAGGGAUGGACAUCGUGAUAGAAGUGGAGAACGUGGUCGUAGAAUCGAAAAUUUGCGACCAGUAAAUCGGAGACGAUCAUUAUCUCCUAGACAUUCACAACAUAGCGACUAUAAUUCUCAAGGAGCACCCUUGCCACAUUUGAUGAACCCACCCCCAUCAAAAAAUUAUCAAGGUUUACCAUCUGAUGAUGGACAUUAUCCACCUAAUAUACAUUAUGACAAUGCUAUACGGAGGUCAACUGAAGAUCGUCCAGGCACACCAACGGUUGAUGAACCACAUUUACAUGUGCCUUCUUCUGGUAAUCAGCCACCUCUUUUACCUUUUCCACCGGGAGAAGAUCGUAUCCCUCAACCAAGCUAUAAUCAACCUCCACCUAAUGUACCCCCACACAAUCCACCAUUAUUGCCAGAUCCAUAUAUGAGUCAUCGGAUACCUAUGUAUCCCCAUCAGCAAGGCUCCCAUUAUGGGCCCCCACGAUAUGAAAGACCUCCUUAUCAACAACAAGGGUACAGACCAUCACAACCACCUCGAAAUUAUAAUGGACCACCAAGACCAAUUAGGGGAAUACAUCAUCUUAGUUAUAGAGGAUUGCAACCACCACCACCUGGAUUAAGUAGAAAUAUUCAUAAUGGUAAUCCACCUGGUAUAAUUGAUGAUCCAUUAGAAGCUUUUGAACGAAUGCUUAGAGAGAAAGAUGAGCGAGAUAGAAGGCUUGGGAAACAUAGGAGAAGAAGUCGAACACGAUCAAGAUCUCGUAGUUACAGUAGAUCUAGAUCACGUUCAUUUGGCCGCAGAUCACCGUUCCCACCUCGUUUAAGUCGAUCUAGAAGUCCUCCUUCAAAACGAAGAUCUUCAAGAUCACCUCUACCUCUUAGAGCACGAAGUCGUACACCAAAACGUAGAUCAAGAAGUGGAAGCUUCUCAAUUAGUCGUUCUAGAUCAUAUUCACGUAGUCAAUCUCCUAGACUAUCUUUGUCACGAGAUAGAGAUAGAGACAGAGAAAGGGAUAGAGAAAGAGAUCGUGACCGUGAUCGCGAUCGAGAUCGUGAUCGUGAUCGCGAUCGUGACCGUGAUCGCGAUCGUGACCGUGAUCGCGAGCGUGAUCGAGAUCGUGAACGUGAUCGUGAACGUGAUCGCGAGCGUGAACGUGAACGUGAACGCGAACGUGAACGUGAACGUGAACGUGAUCGAGAACGUGAUCGUGAACGUGAUAGAGAAUUAGUUCCUAGAUAUCGGUCACCAGCUAGAUCACCUCCAAGAUUCCAGCGAGAAAGGGAUCGUGAAAGGGAUCGACCAAGAUCACGUGAACCUAGAGAAGGAUACAAUAGUUACUACAAUGAUUCACCAGCACAUGAUUAUCAAUUCAGAGAUCGAGAGAGGGAUUUACCCCCUCGAGAUAGACCAAUACCGAGAUAUCCAGUAAGGAACCAAGCAGCUCAGCAUAAUAUACCGCCUUUGCUGCCACAUCUAGUCAGUGGAAGUCAUCCACCACCACUUAUGUCAUUGGGACCUCCACCUACGGACAGGAAAGACUAUUAUGAUUCCUACAACAGCAGGUAUCCUGGACCAUCCAAUCAACGUUUUGGUAGUCCUUUACGAGAUGUGCCUCACAAAAGAUUUGACGAUGUUGCACCUCCUGGAACAGAGGGAUACUAUGACCUAUCACCGCCAGGUGUAGAACUCUCUGAAAGAUCAUUACGUGAUGAUCGUGAUCGACGUCUAUUAAGAGAUCAAGAAGAUCGUGAGCAUUCUCUUAAAGAUCAUGAUGCUGAAGAUCGAGAUAGAUUACCUUUGAGAGAAGAUAGGGGACGCGAACGAGAUGAUCGUUUACGCGAAAGAGAUGAAAGAGAUAGAAGAAUUUUGAAUAGAGAUCGCGAAGAUCGUGAAAGACAAGGAUUACCUAGAGAUCACGAUGACAGAGUACGAGAAAAAGAUGAUCGCGAUAGAAGGGAAAAAGAGAAAGAACGAGAUGAUAGACAUACUCGGGAUCGACGAGAAGACGAUAGGCACAUAGAUAAGAAAGACUAUGAUAAAGAUCGUUACAGAGAUGAAAGAGAUCGUCACAAACAAGAUGACAAAAAUCGCUCUCGUGAAAAAGAUAGACGGGACCGAGAUUAUGAAACUGAAAAGGAUAGGGACCGACAUGAACGUUAUGAAAGACGGUCUAUGGAACGAAAAAAGAACAGAAAAAGUCCAACUCCAUAUUCACAGAAAUCUAGGAUAGAUACGAAGGAUAUAUCUCCUGAACGUAUAAAGAAGAAAGAAAAGGAUCAUGAAGAAAAAAAUGAAGAAAAGAAAAAGGAAAAGAAAAUUAAAGAAAAAAAGAAGAAGAAAGAUGAUGAAAAGGAGAGAAAAAAGAAAAAGAAAAAAGAAAAAAAAUCAGGGCAAAAAGAGAUUGUGAAAGAUGAACCCAUUAAACCGACUGAACACGAAGAAUUAAUUGCGGAAAAUAAACAGGAAAGCAUGUCACCCACAAAAACUGAUGUUAUAAAACCUAGUACUGAAGAUGAAAAUAUUGAGAGUAGGAUAGUUUGCAUUCCUACCGAAAAUGUUAUAGAAGAAUCAAUUAAAGAAGAAUUUGAAGAUAAAUCUUUAGCCAUGAAUCCAGAACCUCCCGAAUUUCAUGAAGCCAGCCCAGAAAGAAUUGAUCAUACAGAAUUUGGAACAAAUCCUCCUAAUCCUAAUUUUAAGCCAAUUCCAGAGUUAAAAUCCGAUAUCAAACCAAUUGAUAGCCUUUAUAGUGGAUUAGAUGAUGCAGAAAUAAACACUGUAAUAACAGAGAAGUAUUCUUUACUUUCAGAAAAUGAAGCAGAAGAUAAAAGUACAUUGUUAGAAGAAAAGUCUCCAAAAAAAGAUGAAUUUUUAGCUCCGAUGCCUGAACUUUCUAAAUGGGAGAGAGAUGACACUACAGAAAAAACAGACGAUGUAUGCGAAUCUCCUAUGGAAAAAAUACAAUUGGAUGAACCUAAGUCCGCAAAAGUAGUUACAUCAGAGGUACUAAAAAGAGCAGAAAAUGCAAUUUUCCAAAAAGCUAUAAAUGCCAUUAGACCUAUUGAAAUUAAAAAGAUAAGUGAAAGUAGAAAAGUACUAUACCAGAAUCCAGAGCCUAAAGUACUUGAAGUUGAACCUAAUAGAGAAGCAAGGAAGAGCGUGAACGUUACUAUAAAUGUAGGAAGAAACGAAAGAAACGUUGAAAUAACGGAACCAGUAAAGAAAGCUAAAUUAGACCGGACAAAAUUCAAACCAGUUCCAGAAACUUAUUCACCUACAAGACUUUCCGCCAAAGAAAGAUUGGGUGAAAAAGUAGAUGAAAAUAAAGAAAGGAAAAUUAGUCCUAUGAAAAGCUUUUUAGAUAGACGUGAGAUGAAAAGUGAAAAUCAAUCUAGAAGUAAAUCUCCUAGAAGUACAAGAGAUAAACGAAUAUCUCCACUAUUAGACAGACGCGUUGAUUCAUCAUUAUCUAUACCAGGAAGUGAACGUAAGGUAUUUCUCGAUGACAGAAAACGAGAUAAUAAAGAUCGAGGCGAUCGUUCAAAAGAAAGAAACGAUUUCAGAAGUGAACGACACGAUAUAAGAUCAGAAAGAGAUCCAAGAAUUGAUUCGAGGGGAGAUUUCAGAUCGACUCGUAAUGAUUCUAAAGGGGAAAGAAUAGAUAAGGAUAGAGAAAAAGAUAGAGAUAAAGAAAGAAGAGGAAGAACACCAUCUUGCACAUUUAAAAGAAAUGAUAUCCCGAAGAUAGGUCUUUUGAAGAGUAGAGAGGAAGAAGAUGAUAGGCGUAGAGACAAGAAAACAAAGGAAGAUAAGAAAAGAAAGAAAGAACACCGAAGUAGAAGUAAAUCCAAAGAACAUAAGAAACGGAAAGAAAAGAAACAUAAAAAAGAUAAAGAAAAAAACUUAGAGAAGAAACAGAAGCAUAAAGAAAAUAUUGGUUUAAAAGAUAAACCUGAAAGCAAUGAAACUAAAAUAAAUUAUGAAAAUCCUGAACCUCCAGCUACAGAAUCUAUAAAGAAGCAAAGAAAGAAUCCAAGGCUUGUGUCCGAUCGUAAACGUAGUAUGCUCGAUGAAGCUAGUUUUGAACCUGAUUAUAGUGCUUCAGAUUCAGAAUCAGAUGGUGAAGAUGGCAAAGUGGUUUCAUUACCUACUAAAAAACUCAAACUCGAUGAACCAGAUAUAGAAAAGGAAAUGGAUAUAAAGUCACUUAAAAAGCGAUCAAAAUCUACAAGUAGUGAAGAUACAUCUAGCACCUCAGAUAGUUCAACUACCGAUUCAGAUAGUUCAGAUGAAUCGCAUAAAAAGAAGAAGAAGAAGCAUAAAAAACACAAGAAAAAGAAAUCUAUGAAAAAAGAUAGUAGUUCUGAUUCAGAUUCUUAUUCAGAUUCAUCUGAAACAAGUACAGAUGAAGAAAAGCAUAAAAAGAAAUCAAAAAAAUCAAAGAGUAGGAACAAACAAGCAAAAAAGAAGAAGAAAUCAAAGCACAAAUGACAUCAUUAGAUGUCUUUGAUAUUUUAAAAAGUAAAUUCUGACAUUAAUUUUUCUUUGUGAAUGCUUUUUAAUGUAAGGUCUUGUACCAGAAUUAUUUACUAUUGUAUGCAUCAAACUGAGAUUGUUAUCUGAUAUCUAUGAAACGAUAUAGUCGAUUUAUUCUAUAUUUACAAUAUUACAACAACGUUCAAAGUUAAUUUGGACAAACAUUAGUGAUUCAUUACUUAUUAUUAAUAGCCAGUACUUUUUUGGGAUCGAAAAAUUUAACGAAAUAAGGAAUGGGUAACAAACUAUGACAUUUAACUUGUAUUUAAUUUUGAGAUAUUAUUAAGGCCUUUACAUGAUUGUCCAUGUUCUAAUUCCAUCUCUAAAAUGCUGUAAGUAAAUUUAUUACAAUAACUAAUGUACAUUAUAGCAUUCAGUGGAUAAUAUCUUUAAGAAAUCUGAUACUAUACUUUUAGAGAACAACAGCAAUUAUAUUUAAGAUCUCCAAUAUCGCAGCAUUAUAUUGUACUUUCAUAAUGUAAUGUCAAUAUGUAAAAGACGUCAUGAAAUAAAAAGACGAAAUUCUUUUAA